AGCCUCGAGCUUUCCAAAUCAUCUUUUUCAUGAUGUCCAAAACCCCAAUUAGAAGGGACUCAUGUUGGAAACAUGCUGAACUUUUCCCUGAGCAAAAUAGAUUGAAAUACCAACUUGCACAUAUACCUCCUCUUGAUACUGUGCCAUGCCCACAAGUGCUUGUUGAGGUGCAAGUGCAAUUAGAAACAUUUGAGUUUCAAAAAGAAAUGAAAAAGAGGCAAAGAGAGGAGAUGUCAGGCAUUGGUGGUAAUGGAGAGUCUUCUUCCAUGCCUCCAUUUUAUCCUUCUUUAGGCAUUGGGUUUGGUAAUGCUAAUGUUGGUGGCAUUGCUAUUGUUGGUGCUGGUGCUAGUUUUAGUGCUAGGCUUGGGCCUAGAAUUCAUAAAUCUAGGACGGAUUCAUUUAUUUUGCCUCACACUAGUGUUGGUUCUUCACUGUCAUUUGAGAGUUGGAACAAGGACAUACAUGAUGCAACUAGACGUGCAAUUGGAGACUUUUGGUACUAUUGUACCAUUCCAUUCCAUGCAGCCAAGUCUCCUUAUUGAAAAAAUAUAGUUGAUGCCAUUACUGUUUGUGGGGCAGCGUUCAACUCCUCUAGUGAAGAUGACAUAAAGGGCUCAAUUUUGAUAGAAAAGGUGGCUGACAUAAAAGCAAUAAUAGAGGAGCAACGAUUGAUAUGGAGGAAGAAGGGUUGCAACAUCAUGACCGAUGGUUUGAUUGAUAAAAGAAAUAGAACAUUGCUGAAUUUUGUUGUUUCUUUCUUGAGUGAUUGUACUUCCUUUGAUACAUUGAUUUAGUUUAAUAUUUUUAAUUUAUACUUUAUUGAAUCAAUGAUUUUGUUUCUUUAUUUAGGUGGCACUGUAUUCGUCAAAUCAAUUAAUGCUCUAGGACAUGCAAAGAAUCCCACAUAUCUUUGUGAGGUUUUAGAGGAAGUCCUAGUUGAGGUGGGUGAGGAAAAUGUGGUUCAAGUGGUGAUGAAUAAUGCAACAGAUUGUGUUGUUGUAGGUAGACUAUUGAUGGAGAGGCAUCUAACAUUUUUUUGGACUCGAUGUGUUGCCCAUUGCCUUGACCUGAUAUUGGAGGAUCUUGGCAAGCUUCCAUGGAUCAAAACACGUGCACAUUCAGCCAAAAGUAUUUUUAAUUUCAUAUACAAUCACACAUGGGUCCUCAACCUAAUGCGACAAGACAUAGGGUAGAAGGAGUUGGCUCGUCUUGAUAUAACCAGAUUUGCAACAAAUUUCAUCACAUUACAAUCCUUUCUUUGGUCAAAGGGAGCAUUUAGGCACAUGUCUGUUAGUGAGGAGUGGACUUCCUCAUCCUAUGUUACGACCACUGUAGGGGUUAAUGUGGCAAAUUGCAUAUUUGAUGAGCCAAGCUUUUGGGUACUUGUUGUGGAGAUUGUGAAAGCAAAUGAAAAUCUAUUUCUACAUUAUGUUUUAAUUCUUAUUCAUAUUUUUCCUUUAUUUGCCUAUUUUUGUUCAUACUUAAGUCAAUGUUUCACAAUAAUUGCAGUUCAUUGAGCUUUUGGUAGUUCUCCUACAAGUUGCUAAUGGGGAGAAGGCCGCAAUGGGCUACAUGUAUGAGGGCAUGGAUAAGGCCAAGGAGGCCAUUUGAUCCAUCUAUGUAGGAGUCAAGGGUAAGUAUCGCCCUAUUUGGGAGAUCAUUGAUAGGUGAUGACACCUCUAGCUUCACAAGCCCCUACAUGCAAUUGCUUAUUUCCUCAAUUCAGCAUUCCAAUACUACCUUGAUUUCAAGGUGGAUGAGGAGGUUUUGAAUGGGCUUUACUUAGUGAUAGAGUAGAUGUUGCCUGGUGUUACAACAUAGAUAGUCCACAAGAUUGAUGCCAUUGCAUAAAGAAGAUGAAAGCAAUGGGUUGCAUAAAGGGUCCAAAAGAGUGUCAGAUGCCUCUCUUAAAUAAACCUUCCAACGACCAUGUAUGUCAUUACAUUGUUAAUAACAAUUUGGACAGCAUUUUAUAUGUCCACCUCUAAAACAACUUCCUACAACAUCAAGCUCAAAGUUUUUGCAUUCUUUAUUUUUUCUAGAGACAUUAAUUGACUUCAAGAAAAUUAAAUCAACAUUUCAAGCCACUAAAAAAAUGAUGAGGAUGCAAUUAUUUCUAUCUAUCCACCCAUCUAAAAGAAUUGUGCAUCCAAACUUUCACCAUUGCUUCUUUUGAUCUUCCACUAUUAUUUUUGCAUCCAUUGUAGCAACUUGGAGCAACCUCCCACUUAACUCUUUUGGAGAGGGUGCCUUGUACCCUUUCCCUACAACUAUAAUUGUCGGCAAAUACUCCAAUGUGGACUCUUUUGCCACAUUGAAGGGAGAGUUGUAAUACCAAAGAUUUGCACAUGACUUAUCUACUUUUUUGUGUGCCUCGUUGUUCUACCCUAUACCUUCCAAUGAAAGUUGGCCCCAUAUAGUUUCUAGGCACAAAAAAACCCUAACUUAGCUCUACUCAAGCUAGAUGAGGUCUAUGUGACCCAUAUACAUGGACCAUGACUAGAACCCACAAUGUCUAUUGUAUAUACAUCAAAUUUUGCUAGAAAAUUAGGAUCAAUGGUUGUUUCUAUGGCUGCUUUUGACAUAGUGAUUGGAUUGUGUAGAAUGGUGAGUCCUUGUUUAUAGAGGAUGACAUUGCUGAUUUUGAGAGGUAGCCUAUGGAGGAUGUGGUUGUAGUAGAAUUAGGAGAAAUUGGAUUGUCAUUGGAUGAUAUUGGUGUGGCAGAAGAGGAGUCAUUGCCAUCUAGUAGUAGGGUGGAGCCAUAAGCACAAUCUUGUAGACCAAGCGAGGAAUUCCAACUAAGUGUGAGGACUAGACCCUCUAGCCCCCAAUUUAUCACUAGAAUGGGGAAGAACGAAUUGUAAAAACUUGUAAUUUUUAGCUUGCCAAGAUAUGCAAUUUAUGAUGAUCAAUCAUCAUAAAUUCAUAAUAGUUAUCAGCUAGUUAUUAUAUACACAUGAUGAUGUCAUUUUUUCUUCUAUUUGUAUUC